AUGAAUGUUGUUCAAUGUCUUUACAGCAAUAAUCAUUCAGGAAAUGUUUUCUAUUCCUUAAGUUUUAAUCCUAAGAUUGUUUUAGCACAUGAGUUAAAUCAAACACAACAAUCCACUUCUGGCUGCAUAUUUGAUGAGGCAGAAAAAACAAAUAUAGUAAAUGUACAUGAUGAUAAUGAAAUGUUUAAUGAAAGUAUUUCAUUGUCACCAUGUACAUUUGAUGCACAGCCACCAAAAAAGAAAAAGAAGAUGGGAGGAAAGGAGAAAGAAAAUUUUUAUGAAUGUGCAAUGAAUGCUCUCUGUAAUGAACCAAGGAAGGAUGUGUUUGAUGAAUUUGGCAGUAUUAUAGCUACCAAACUACGAACACUUCCUCAGAAAAAUGCCUUAGAUUUGCAAAUGAAGAUAUUUUCACUUAUUAUAGAAGAAGAAAAAAUGUUAUGA